CAGAUCUACUGGUAGCCUUGGAAUACGACCAAAAAUGUAUUGGAUAUAGUCCAGUUGUUGGCUUAAUUUUCAAGUUAAAAUCCACGAUUUUUUUUAGAGUGAGCUAGCCUUUCCAAGCAAAUUCAUCAACGACUCAUUGAGGAUUCAAAACUUUUCCCAGAUUGAUAGAAUUAUGUACCUUUAUUAACACUGAAGUCUUUACAAGUGGUAUUAAAGACCAGCACUAAAAUCUCAUCAAACUGACUAUAUCUGUAAAAGAGGAUCCUAAAUGAGCCGAUUUGGAAGGAAAUUACCACGUCCAACCAACCAUGUUCCACAACAUCCCAGAUCUUACACAAAUAGCCUGAGAAAUUAGGAAGAAAUGGACCAGUAGAGAAGAGAGGGCGACUUUUAGGGGGAGAAGGGGUGCUUGAGGGUACGAAGAAGGAUGGAUAGCAGGUGAGGUGCUUUGGAGGGUAGAGGGGGGUUAA